GAUAUGAGAGAUAGUAAGUGAUCGAUCCAGGUUUCUUCUUAGGCAGUGUACUGAUGGCUUUUUCCUUUACUGGGGAGGAGAAUUCCUCUUUAAUGCCCCUAUAUGCUCCAUUUGGACAUAUUCCAAAUGAACUCGACUCAACAUCUCGCUCCGAACUCGUGGAAGAGUUGAAAGGCUAUGAUGAAGAUUUUGAUCCGCCAUUAGAAAAAAAGCACAAGUGUUCCAUUUGUCAUCUAGGGCUUCGAGAACCAGUCCAGACGGAGUGUGGUCACAGAUUGUGUAGGAAAUGUCUCGAACCAGACACUUUUGCAAAACAGGAAAUACUGAAGUUGGAAGUUUUUUGUAAAGCAAAAGGUGUUGGAUGUCCUUGGAAAGGUCCCCUUUCAUUGUUAGAGGAUCAUUCCCAUAAAUGUCUCUUUUUUUGUGUUGAAUGUGAGCAUAACUGUGGUGUGCAGCCUGAAAGAAAAAAUCUCCAAUAUCACAUGGAAAGUGAAUGUUUGCUGAGGAAGAUUUUGUGUGAGCACUGUGGGGAUGCAGUUUCAUGGUGUGAAGUGGAGAAACAUUUUGGAAGCUGCCUAAAGUAUCCUGAGCAAUGCAAUGAAUGUAAACAAGAGGGUAUACAGAGAGGCAAGAUGAAAUUCCACUUACAACACCAUUGCCCAAAUGUAAAGAUUAAGUGCCCAUUCAAUCAUGUGGGAUUAUGUGAAUUUGAGGGCUUUCAAUCUGAUGCAGGGGAACACCUUGUGGAAGAACAUUUAAGUCAAAUCAUGGAUUUGAUGAAAAUUUUUCUCAUCUAUCACAAGGAGGUCAUGCAGAGAAAUGCUUUAAAGGAAACAGAGGUCAAAUUAAAGGAUGAAAAUAACAUUUCUUUUGAAAAACAGGCAAAUUGGAAUCAACGGCUGGAAAGUGAAGUGGGUGACAUGCAAGAAACUCUUCAUGAGCAUUCCAAUGAAAUUGACCUGUUAAGGCAUCAACUGAAGGAAACUCUUGACAGGGUACACAAACUGAAAGUAGAGGUGAAGUUGCUGCAGCAAGGGCAGCAACUUUGUAAUGGACAGUAUAUCUGGAAGAUAGAAAACAUGGACAGGUGUUGCCAGGAUGCUGUCAGUGGUGUAAGCCCAGUGAUGUACAGUCCAGGUUUUUACACCAGUCCAUGUGGGUACAAGAUGUGCUUGCGAAUUAAUUUAAAUGGUGUGAAGAGUGGAGUUGGUACACAUGUGGCCCUUCAUGUUCAUAUGAUGAGAGGUGAUCAUGACAAGCACUUAGAAUGGCCUUUUUCAAAAGGUUUCACCUUAUCUAUUGUGGAUCAGUCUGAGGGAUCUCUCCAGUACCACAUCACCAAAACUGUGGUAACCAAACCUGAACCGAGUGUCUUUCAAAGACCAGUACCUCCAUGGGAUGUUAUAAGCUCUGAGUAUUCUGGUUAUGAAAAUUUUGCACCAAUUGACAAGAUCCACAUGCCACAGUAUUGUAAGAACAAUACUUUGUUGGUGAAAUUUGAGCUAGUUGCCUGAUUAAUCCAGUGUUGUUAUGAACGGCUUGGAAUGUUCAUGAUACACUUCCUCUUAUUUCAGAGAGACUAGAAAGAACUGAAAAAACUGAACCAGCUAUGUAUUUUUAUAUUUUCAGCCAUAUAUUUUCUCAGUUUAUAAAUUUGUAACUAUAUAUACUUGGUGCAUUGUAAUUAUGUUCCGUGCUUAUACCCAUUAUAUUGCAAGUCAGACCAGAGAAUUUGUUUUUCUUUUAUUUUUCUUUUUUUAGCAAGAAAACAUCUCCCUAGUAGAGAAUUGUCCAUGAUGAAAAGGGAAACACAAGAGGCAUUACGCCAGCUUUGCCAUCUUGAGCUGAAAGUCCUUAAAGUUACCUGAAAUGCAAUUCAAACCAAUGUUCUCUUUUUGUUUCUGGCCUGUAUUUCAUUUUCAUGAAAUGAAUCCAACAAAGCAUUAAUGUAAAUCUACAUGCAAGUGCCAUGCACAGACACAUGCAGUUUUUCUUCCAUUAAGUGUUAUUUUAGGGUUUGCUUCAUUUGUUUACUUUUUUUUUUUUUUCGGUAGUAUUGCUUUAAUUUAUUGUGAUGAAAUUUAAUUUAGUUUAACUAAUUACAGGCACUUGUUUGAAAAACAGCCUCCAACCCUUCUUUUACUUGUUAUUCAUCUCUUCUAAUUAUGAUUUUAUUAGGGAGUCAGGAAUAAUAGAAACAGUGGGUCAUUUCAGCUAAAAGGAAUGAGUCUGACAAAUUCAUCUCUGAAGGUACAAGUAAAAGUACCAAUAAUCAAGGUCUGAUAUGCUUCUAUUAAAUAGCAGCAUAUUGUGUGUUAUUAUGGGUAUAUAUAUAUAUAACUAACAGCAGACAGUACUGCUUCAGCCUUCUGGGCCUCAUCAGAUAUAGAUAUAUAAUUUAUUAGACCUGUUUUAGACAUGUGCUAUAUCUUAUAUAUAUAUAUAUAUAUAAUAUAUAUAUUUAUGUAUAGAAAGUUUAA